UAUAAUAGCAUCUCUAACCUAUUGUUUAUAUUCUUUGCCUUGACAGUAUGGUUCAGGGCUGUUUGCUAUGAGGUGAUUGUCUCCUGUAGGGGGGUCAAGCAUGGUAAAGGUCAUGCAGGUGGGGAGUUGUCAGAUGGCUGUCCACCCCUCACUGGGCCAAGGGGCUCUCGUGCCGCCUGUCAAAGCCUGUGGCGAAGCAGGGAGAAGAAAGGGUGUCUGGAGACGACGUGUGCCAUGCUGUCUUGGCCCCGCCCCUGGCUGCCGUGCCAGCAGUUCUAGAUUGCUGUGCCUAUGCUGGAGGACUGCGUGAACAGCAGAAGAACAGCAAAAUGCAAAGAAAGAAGCAUGUAAAUGAAUAACGCAACGCUGAUUCCAACAACACGUCUGUCAUCGACAGUGGAGACGCGGGUUCUCUCAGCCGUGACAUGGAAUUGGUGAGCAGGAAAAGAUGGAAAGAUCAACAAGAAAAGCAAACUAAUAGAACAUUAGGUCUAGAAGCUGAAGCAGUCGCUGCUGACCGACAUCGAUGGAGAUCACUAGCUGCCCGAUGCGCCGCCCGGCGUAGGAGGAACUAAGUGCUAACUAGCAGUGGGUCUCUCAGGGCAGAGCCAUGGGUGCGUUCCUGGACAAGCCCAAAACAGAGAAGUACAACUCACAUGGCGAGGGCAAUGGCCUGCGCUAUGGGCUAAGCUCCAUGCAGGGCUGGCGGGUGGAGAUGGAGGAUGCUCAUACAGCUGUGUUGGGCCUUCCAGCCCUUGGUAUGACUGACUGGUCCUUUUUUGCUGUGUACGAUGGCCACGCAGGCUCUAAAGUUGCCAAUUACUGCUCCAAGCAUCUUCUUGAGCACAUAAUCACCGCUAGCUUAGGGGCUGGAAACACACAAGGCUCUCAGUCUGGAUCAGACGGCUCCAACGCUUCAGUACCAGUUCCGCCUGCAGUGGAGGCUGUGAAAGCCGGCAUCCGGACAGGCUUCCUGAAAAUAGAUGAGCACAUGCGCAGCUUCUCCGACCUUCGAAAUGGCAUGGACCGCAGUGGCUCUACGGCAGUGGGAAUUCUUCUGUCACCUGAUAAUUUCUUCUUCAUUAACUGUGGGGAUUCUCGAGCAGUUCUCUACCGCAAUUCACAGGUGUGCUUCUCCACACUUGACCACAAGCCUUGCAACCCACGUGAGAGAGAGCGCAUCCAGAAUGCUGGCGGUUCAGUGAUGAUUCAAAGGGUUAAUGGGUCACUGGCUGUAUCAAGGGCCUUGGGGGACUAUGAUUACAAGUGUGUGGAUGGUAAGGGUCCCACAGAGCAGCUGGUUAGUCCUGAACCAGAGGUGUUUGUGAUGGUUCGGGCACCAGAACAGGAUCAGUUUGUGAUUUUAGCGUGUGAUGGAAUCUGGGACGUUAUGUCCAAUGAGGAGUUGUGCGAGUUUGUGAAAUCGAGGCUUGAGAUCUGUGAUGAUCUGGAGAAAGUCUGCAAUGAAGUGGUGGAUACCUGUCUGCACAAGGGGAGUCGGGAUAACAUGAGUGUUGUGAUAGUGUGUUUGCCCAAUGCUCCCAAAGUAUCGGAGGAAGCUGUGAGGAAAGACACUGAGCUCAACAGUUACCUGGAGUCUCGAGUUGAAGAGAUGCUGUCUCGGCCAGGGGAGGAGGGGUUUCCGGAUCUGGUAACGGUGAUGAGAAACCUGUCCACUGACAGCGGCAUGCCCCCUCUGCCACCAGGGGGUGGUCUUGCCAGCAAACGCAGUGUUAUUGAAGCAGUAUACAACCGUCUGAACCCAUACAGGGAGGAGGAUGGAAGUGGAGCGGAAUUGGAGUACCACUGGUAGCUGUCCAGCACAACUGCCUGAUCGAAAAUACAGGACCACUAUUCCACAUGAGAUUACAUUCAUUGUCACCUUUUAAUUUUUUCUGUAAUUCAUUCCCCCCCACACUGAGAAUAACUGAAGCUGAAAUCUUGGUUUUAAAAACACCUAAUGUGGAGGACUGCAAAAAU